AUGGCUAAUUGGACAGCUCGUGAUCUAAAUACGAAUAUUCAGGAGCAAGAAGAUGUGUUAAAUAAAACACCUACCUUCUACGACCUUGCAAAUUCGAGUCAAGUUACCAUUUCCGAUGCUAAUCCGAACUUCUUUAACUUCCAAGACAAUACUGAAAACAAAAUUCUGGAAAUUUCAAAAAGCCCAUUUUUAAUGAAGGAGGAAACCAAGGUGAAUAAGAGAUACUCUAAUAAUAAGAUUAAUAGAAUUCGAAAGGUAAACCUGGAUGCCUUAAGGAAACCAAAUUCUGAAGCAGGAAUUCCUCUGAAUAAAGAUUUCCAAUUCAAUUACUUCAGGUAUUUUAAAUAUAAGCAUAUGAUGAAGAAGUUAAAGAAAUAAGAUCAUGAAUGAACUCAGCAGGAAUUCAGAAUUUAACCCUACCAAGCAAGAGGUCAUGGUCAAGAAGUCUUGUUUCAAGGACUUUGAAAAUAAAUUAAGCAUCGUAACUGAUAAACUUCAGUAUUAUACCCAAAAACUCAAGAAAGCAGGAGUUGAUGUGAAUAACCAGGAGAUUGAAGAUCUGAACAAAAUCUCACCAAAGUUUACAAAAGAAACUAUAAAGCCCAAGAAAGUAUUUAAGAAUCCCAACAUCAAAACAUUUGAGAAGUCUCUUGAUAUAUCAACAAGAAGUAAAAGGAGAGUUAAAGGAAAGCUUCGUCAGAAAUUUAGAAGUCUUUCUACAAUGCCUCGACUCAGAAGUAAAUAAGAGAUGAAUGAGAAAUUUUAAACUCCAGAAAAACUCUAUAGGCAAGGAAUAUCCUUAAUACUCUAGAUUAUACAAACAGAGGACCUGUGAGGCUACCAAAGAGCAUUGUCAUAAAAUAACAGGCAAAAAAUCCAGAGAACUAUAAUUACGAUAAAUUCAGAAACUCCAAGAUUAACAGAUAAAGGAAGACUUCCUAAAAUUAACAGAAGGUAUAAUAAGAGAUCAGUAAUACGAUCACAUCAAAGCCGAAAAGGUAGCAGAUUGCGUCAAAGAAAAUCCACCAAUGAUGCCAAAUCUUCACGAAGGUACUCUAUAACAAGAAGUUCAGUCAGAACUAGAAGAGGGAUCACUAAAGAAAGAAGCAGAUUUGAUGGAAAUCUAAGCCCUCAUUAUGGGAAGAACAUAUUUACUUGGU